GUCGUUGCCAAGUGCUCAUGCACGGACUAGUCUAGCGUCCACGGUUCGUGGUCUGGCUCCAUUCGGGGAAACGGACGAUCCACUCUUGAUUAGUGUCUGGCCGGGUUGAAAAUCAUGGCAGUGACGGCACAUCGGCUCUAGUGUGAUGCGACACAAGGCGCACUCUGCCGCAAAUCUCUGUACUAAUUAUGGCCUGAGGUCAGCAAAAUCUCGGACUAGCCAACCAUGCCAAUGCAAGAGUCUUGCUGACCUCCGCUCUCCGACGGCUCACGUCAAUUAUCUUGUCGUGCCGAUGCCUGUUACUCAGGCACAUGCCAGUGACAGAUGUGCAAGGCUGAGAGCGUUAUAAUUUGUAUAAAAUUAGUGCGCCAUUCUCCGCACGACUAGGGUUCCCUGUGGAUCCUAUUACCCUGUAUCUCUGGCGAAUGGAACGGUGUCGCACGAAUUCCCUCGCCCUCUCCGACUUGCUACGCCUGCAAUUUCUGACAUGAUACAACUGUCAUAGAUGUUAUCAUGCCUUUAGCGCUGACUCCACCUGGCCCUCUAGUCGUUGAAGUUAAUCAAUUGGGGGCCGCUGCAACCCCUCCUCUUUACAAUGUCUACCAUGACUACGUGGAAUGCGUGGCCAGCAUGUGCCUUGCCCAUGAGGGUAUAAACACGACCAGCCCCCCUCGUGGGAGCUGGGGUCCGCAGCACAAGGGCACACAGGAAGUCACAACGCACACCCUGCGAAGAUGCUUCAAGAUUUGAUAGCCACACUCGCUUCCGGGGCCCAGAUGUACUGGGCCUCCAGCACUAUCUGGAUGCGCGUAGGGUUCACGGUGCUGGCGACCUGGAUCUUCUGGCGGAUCUGGAGAUUUACGAUCCUGCCACUUUUCCGGCCGAACGAGCCAGUCGAGCUACCAUACUGGAUUCCUUGUAAGGAUUCGCACCAACUCAUCAGAAUGGCCCUAAAGCGCUUCGGGACACUGCAGCCAUUCAGCAUGAUCAUCGCCGGAGAUCGAUACUACGUGAUCACCUCGCCGGCAGACACUCGUCCAUUCUUCGCCGACGUGCAAGCGAUGACUACCGACGGAUUCCUCGACCGAGCACUGUUAGCCUUCGGUUGCGCGCCUGAACGUCUGCAUACGUUGUGGCAGCGCAACACACCCACCCGAGUGAACCCGAAGGGAAAGAAUCUCAUCCACUUGACGCAAGACCUGUUCAAGCACGACCUGGUUCCGGGCCCGACGCUAAAUAUGCUCUUGGAGCGAUACCAAGGAGCUCUCGAUGAACUGCUCUCGUGGGACCGCCUCGUGGGCGCCUAUCCAUCCCUGGUCAGCUCGGAGACCGAGGCCAUCUCGCUCUAUGACAUCUGCGCAGACUUUAUUGCCAACGCCAACCAGAUCGUCCUGUUUGACCGGGCGCUUCUGGCCAUCGACCCCGACAUGGCGGUCGAUAUGCGGACCUUCACGGAUGAACUCUGGAAGCUCGUCCACCGGUCUCGAUUGGUCGACACCACGGAGGUCAGUCGUCUGCUGCGCCAGUACACCUCCGCCUUCAAGACUUACCUGCAGCUGCCACCCGAGGCGCGACCGGACGAGAUGCCCGUCAUUCGAACUUUGCUAGAAACAUAUGCCGAGCUCGGAAUUCAUGAGGAUGACCGGGCUGCCAUGCUGGUCAUGAUCUGCUGGGCUGGUGAUGCCAAUGCCUAUAAAGCGGCAUACUGGGUCCUUGCAUACAUUCUCUACGACCCACAACUGCGGGAAAUAGUGCGCCAGGAGACAGCGCCGGCGGUCGGGCCAGACGGCAAGUUGGACUGGACCUAUCUGGCUAAGCGAUGCCCACAACUCUCGUCGAUCUACCACGAGGUCCUCCGGCUGACCAAACGGGAUGUUAUCGUUCGACAAGUCGUCCGCGACACCGCCAUCGCGGGUAAACGACUGCGAAAAAACAGUAUCGCGGUGAUCCCAACCUGCCAGCUGCAUGAUAAUCCAGACACCUAUGGGUCAGAUGCAGCAUCGUUCAAUCCCGAUCGCUUUCUGAAAAAGCCUGGUCUGGCUCAAACCACAUUCUUCCCGUACGGCGGGGGUCGCCACUACUGUCCGGGGCGAUACUUUGUGGAGCUGGAGAUCUUUGGAUUGGCGGCACUGAUGCUCAAUCGAUACGACAUACAGCUGGCUUGGCAGGCGCCUUUCCCCCGGCGCGACGAAAGUCUGGUCACUUUGGGCAUUUCCCGACCGGUUCCCGGAGAUGAUCUCCAUGUAACGUUGAAUUGGAAGGAGGGGAAUAAGAAUUAGACAUGAAUAACGAGAAAUGAGAAUUGUACAUACAUUA